GCAGUACCCGCCUGAAGGUGCGUCCCAGCAUGCUGAUCCAGGCAACAGGCACGAGUUUAAAGGGGAUCCAGACGAGACCCAACUUCUGUCACAUCAAGUCAGAGAAGACAGAGCAGCCAGCGAUGUUGUGGUUCAGUGCAAGAUGGAAGCUGCACCAAACUCUGACACUGUUUCAGAUCUGACAUUGGACAGUGAAGAUUUUGGUCUGUUUGAAAUGAACACAGGUAAUGGUGACAUUGUAAAACCUUAUUAUGUGUAUGUCAGUGUAAAUGGUUCAAGAGUGAAGAUGGAACUAGACACUGGUGCCGCAGUGUCAGUGAUAUCUGAAAAUCUGUAUAAGCGCAGAUUUAAAUCAGUCAAACUUAGUCCAGCAAAUUGUGUACUUAAGACUUACAGCCAAGAAUCAUUACAGCUGAUGGGUAAAUU